AUGGCAACACCAGUGCUUUCCCGUGCACCGAGACCAUCGACCAUGGGAAAGUGUCCGAAAGGGCAGACUUCUACUCAGGUGGUGUUAGAACGCGUCCUAGGAUUCACCUCAAGUAAUAACUGUUCCUUAUCUUUGGACCUGAACUCUGGAUUGGUUUCGUAUGCAGCUGGCUGCGUAAUCGUGCUUCGUUCAUUUGAUUCUGAUCGUCAGCAGUUCAUUCAAAGCGCCAGCAAGAAGCCGAUCACGGCUAUCGAGUUCAGCUCGGACGGCAAAUACGUCGCUACCGGCGAGUCAGGCCAUCAGCCUAUGGUACGCGUCUGGAGCGUGCUCGAACGCUCUCAAUCGGCUGAGUAUGCUGGUCACCAUUUUCGUGUGAUCGCUGUGCGCUUCAGUCCCUCUGCCCGUUACUUGAUUAGCCUGGGUAGCCAGGAAGACAACACUCUCUACGUAUGGGAUCGUUCCAGUGGUCAACGGAUUGCUAGCGCUAAAGUGACCAACAAAAUCAAUGGCCUCGCGUUCAGUCCAGCUGGUCAAUUUUUCGUUACGGUUGGGGUACGACACGUUCGGUACUGGUAUCUGGAAACCAAACGCUCCAGAAAUAAGGAGACAAUUCCUUUAAAUGGUCGAAAUGCCAUUCUCGGUGAUCUCUUCAAUAACACUUUCAUGGACGUGUGCUGCACGCGACACACCUGCAAAGAGAAUGCUGUACAGUCACCAAAAAGUGAGUCCAGAUUGUCCCACGACGAUCCUGAGUCGGACGCUUUGGUUUUGGUCGUGAGCAAGGCUGGACAACUGAUGCAGUUCAGUGAGCAGCGCUGUUUGGACAAAUGGGUUGAGCUCAAAGUUCCUCAAGCAACCUGUCUCUCGGUCCACGAGUCAUGGGUUGCCGUUGGUUGCUCGUCUGCCACUUGCCUCAUCUUCGACUCGCAGAGUCUCCAAUUUCUCGCUCGUCUCCCACUACCACAUCAACUGGGCUCCGAAGUGCAACUACUUUCACAGACUCCGCGCUUUCCGGAAUCCCCAUGUGCAACGGUCGAUUCUGCGCUUUUCGCUGACUUCUUGGCCGUCAAAUUGGACUUACCGCGUCGCCGUGUCAUUUGUUUUUACGCAGAUCACAGCAUUUAUGUCUGGAAUCUUGCUGAUUUGUCCAAUCUACGACUCGAAUGCGCGCACUCCUAUCAUAGCCGUGGUGUCUGGUCCGUGGACUGCUUAUCGGAUGCUUCACAGUUAGACGUGUUAAAGCAUUCCUGUGCCACAAUGGACUCCUUGCUACCUUCGUGGUGGGCCGACUCCACAUUCGUCACUUGUGCCGAUGAUGGAACAACGCGCUUUUGGGAUCUGGAAGAUUAUGUGGAGUCCAGAGGAUUUCCAGAUGAAGACGCUGAGAGUCCACAACGAUCUAAGGAGCGGUUGAGGCGCGUUAUUUUUACGGACCCAACACAUAAGUACUUAUGUGUAAAUGGCAUUCCUUCGGCGGGAGUAGGGCCCGUUGGGGGUCCGCCUACGAAUUUCCCCUGCUCCGGACAAGGCGAUUCUGCCGCACCCUCCCCGACCUCGCCUACUGUUCCAAAUGCUGCAGGGUCGCUGUUGCGCGGGCCUAAAAAUUCCAUCUCUUCCGACGGAUGCUGCGUCCGCACUGCUGCCAUCAGCCCCGACUGCAAGCACUUGGCCUUAGGCGAUCGUGAAGGCAAUCUUCGCAUCUACGAUCUGACAACAAUGGAACAAAUCCGCCAGAUUUCAGCGCAUGAUAGCGAAAUUUUAUCGCUCAACUUCUUUAGGUCUGACACUGUGCCGGAGCUCACUCUUCUUUGCUCUGCUUCGCGCGACCGUCUGAUUCACAUUUUCGAUCCCAAUCAAAACUAUUCCCUGGUCCAGACGAUCGCUGAUCACUCUGCCGCGAUUUUCGCCGCUCGUAUCAUCGAAACUGAAGAGGAUGGUGAGAUCAGGCUGGUUUCCUGCGGAAUGGACAAAUCACUGCUUAUCCGCGUACUCGAGCCCGAUGACGCCGGACUCACCGCUCGUUUCGCUUUGGAGCAUCAUCUAGUCGGCAAAUACUCUCAACUUGAUGCUGCUUUCACUCCUUCCAUCACACUUGUCAAUUCUGAGAAUAAGCAGUGCCCACGCAAACGGUUCCUGGCGGUGGCCUGUCAAGACCGACGAUUGCGCAUAUACAACGUGGCUACCGGUCGACAGGUUCGCUGUUACCGGGGCAGCUUUAACGAGGAUGGGUGUCUACUCCGUUGUGCUGUUGAUCCGACUGGAUCCAUAGCCGCAACAUCGGGCUCAGAUAAACAAAUGAACCUCUUUCAUUUACUUUCUGGCGAACAUAUUGCCACUCUAUUUGGUCACUCUGAACUUUCUCUGGGUCUACGAUUUCUUCCCGACUUGCGACAUUUGAUCACGGUGAGCUCGGACAGUUGUGUGUUUGUGUGGCGAUUUUCUCCCAGCCUGACGCAGCACCUACUUGACCGUGUACACGCUUCCAAACGUUUUGGCUCUUGUGGUCGCCUCUCCGCUCCCCCCAGCGCUCCGCAUUCGGUCGUUCCAUUCCGUUUACCGCCGUCCUACCGCAGCAGACAGAGCCAUUCAACCGAAGAGUUCAUGAACUCAUCACCAGAUCUGAACUUGUUCGAUUCCGACCGAACUGAUAUUGGAGAUGAGGACAGCGAAAGUGAUCUCAUUGGGGUGGAAAUAGACCGGUCACUCUCCCGAGGUUCCCCCUGGCCAGCUUCAACUGACCGAAUCGACAAUCCUCCGGCAUCCUCAUUCCUGCCUGGUUCCUAUGACUCUACUUCUGAACGAAAUCAUUCGGAAGAAACCCAGUCCUCUUCACAAAGCGCACAAGGGAACAGGCCCGCGUUUUAUUUUAGUGCCAGCGCACUUCCUGCAUGGGCUCGCCGAAAGUUAAUAGCCACUCCUCCGGAAAAAGAGAAUUCUGCCGAACACUCUCAGCCGUCCUUUUCUGGGAUGGAUAUUGUGCCCGUGAAAGCAGACAAGCGCGCUACAUGCACAUGUGAUACAUCACCCGUGCGUCGCACUGCGCUAUCAUCAAAUCGGCUCAGUCCAACUUCAGUCGAUUCAUCAUCGGAGGCGAGAUCGAUCUACCAUUCACCAGUGCCAUACGGAAAACCUGUGCAUCCAGCCAAGGAGGAAAAUCUCAUGUCUAGAUCUACAUAUCACCGUCGGGAGACAUGCAGCAGGCCAAUGCAAUUCACCGAUUCGAGAAACUAUAGGCUCCGACCUGCUCGCACUGCUGUAUCACGCGACGCAUCUCCAUGCUCUGUCGCUGCUUCCGCGCCAUCUACACCACUCCGUCGCGGGCGAUUAUCGACGGAGUUUGAGAGCAGCCGACGAAGUUUGCGGCAGCCUUACGUUCAUACUCCAACACACUGCUUUCUUGAUAGAGGAGGUUCCGGGAGUUUACGAUCUCAGAGCACACGGACCACCCGGUGUUGUGGCUUCUUCAAGAACAACACAUCAGUGGGGGAUUCUCAAGAAACAGCUCUAGUUGCGAGUCGUAAAGCGGACUUCCCAUGCUCAUCAAAUGAAAAAACCUCGGAAGACCACGUACCCCCAUCAUUCACUAGCAGUCAAUCCUCACCACAUUUCCCUAGACCACUCACUCCGCGCUCCUUCACGCAGAGUAGAUCCUCUGUGGAGUUGAUGUCUAGCAGGGUUACCUCUGUGCCAAAUCAAUUCCCCGAUCGCGCCCUAGAGUCUGCUCGGUAUCUUACCUUUCCAGCAACGGAUCAAUUGGUGCACAAUGACCCACGAAUGAAACAACUUGCUACUCAAGGUUCCUCGAAACAAAUCCUUGAAGGAAGGUCUUUACGAACCGAGAUCUCGUGUGCCUCAGAACAACCGCAUUCCUCUGAGUUCUCUUUGACUGAACUACGAACCUUUUCGCCUCCUGUUUAUUUUGAAAAUGCACUAAACGAUGCAAAUGCUUCUUGCAUCUUUUCAAGCCCAGAGACUGCCACCAAUAAAGCACCGUAUUGGACAGUCUCAGGCCACUCUCCGUCGUUAUACCAAGCGGCGGAAAAACAUCCCCUUAUUCAUCCCGCAGAGAGCCACCGGAACGACCGUGGACUGAGCUGUGGAAUUCCUCUUUCCAACUCAAGCCAUUUUGAUCCACUUGUCUCAGCGCCCGGUGAAAAUUCGUGUGACACAUUGUGCCAACAUGGAAUACGACCGUCUGAUUCCCGAGACCAGUCUCCAUAUCCGCUUUCCUCACAGCCCACACGCGCACGAUGGUCCCCUAUUCCCUUUUCCCCCGAUGAGACUCCUGAAUGCGACAAAGUGUUGGGGCGCUCUAUUACUGAUUCAGCUUGCUCGUCCAGUAAUCGUCCGACCCGACCAUGCGAAUUAAUCAUUUCACGUCCAUCAAUUCUUGCGCUUGAGAUGGGGAAUGUCAAAACCUCCCAUGCUCCGUCGAAAAUCGAAGCUUCCGUCAGUGAACGAACUACUGUCACUACAUCGAGGCUCUGUUCAGAAGGAACGUACUUUAGUUCAAAUCCGCAUCGUCUGGAAACAGGCUCCUAUUCCUCUUCUAACUCCGCUGGUCCGGAUCGAUUCCAGUCCGCAAGGGAGGCGCUGAAAUCUGUGCAGAGGACUCUAGAUACCGCCAUACAGCGAUGCAUUGAGUUAGACGCGUGUAGAUUUAAAAACGAUGAAGUGAAUGCAUUACGUUCAUUGAUAACGGACGAACUUGAAUGGCGAUUCACGCAAUUGCGUGCCAUGUUGGGCUUGCAGCCAGUCUGCGUGGAUCCACCAGUUGCGCGCGCUUUGCUUGCCGACAUUGUCGAAAGACUUAUUCCGGAACUGCGUGCAUCGGGUCAGGGAACGCGAUCAGAAGCAAUAUCGCAAGAUAUAAGUGAAGCUUCUACGGUACGUGAUUCUGAGUCGACGAUCCCGUCAGGCCAAACGAAUAAUGUUGACUGGGUAGUAGACAGCACUACCGAACUAUCCACUACCACUGGAUCAAACACAGAGCUAGACCAACCGGAUGUGGACGUCUUUUGUUUACAUUCAACUCCAGUGGACAUCUCCAGUCAACCAUGUGAUGACAUUUGAUCAAGCUACCUUACCAAGUGCUCUCAUGCAAAUUGCAUUUACCCUCUUCCCCCUGUUCACGAUGAACUCGCACCACCGAACUUUUAUCUGUGCUGUUUUCCCAUUCUUACAUGUUUUCUCAGUGCCGCCUGCUCCCUUUUGGCUUUUGUUCUUUUGUUUCCUAGAUAUAAAAGUAUAUUCGCCGUUUUUUUGCCAAGACGUUGGUCGACAUUGCUGCAUGUUUUCCCAACGUACACUCCUUCCUUGCUGUAACGCUACAAAGUGUUUGGAAGCUUAAGUCACGCGUAUCCCACCAGAAUAUUCAGCAGAAAAUCAAGUCCGGAUCCGAGAAAACUGUUAUUUGUACAAAUUCAUCUUAUCAAAAUAGAGGUUACCUUAACUAUUUU